AUUAUGUCCCAUUAGGUAAUGUAAUAGAACUUCUGGAUAUCAAAAUUUUGAGGGAUCAAAAAUUCGGGUUUUAAUUUUUCGACCUAACCAGUUUUUAAUGUAAAAUCAGAACUCUAUAACGGAGGCACCACUGUCUGUCUGACACCUAGCUUCAUGAGUCUUCUAAACCGUGAUACCGUGGUAGUUGAAAUUUUGUCUCAGAAGUGUGCAAAAUUUGGUAUUUUUGAAAUGGGAUCAGACUAAUUUGUUCGAAAACGAAAGACUGGGGACUGUCGUAAAUUUUUAGGGUGUCAAAUUUAUAGGACACAAUCCACUUAUUCCAUCCUAGCAAUUGGUUUUUUACUACUUUAUCCUUUUUAUGCAGAACCCUUAGUGUCGCGAGUCCAGGCCAAUUGGACUUCACAUCAUCAUCACCCAUUAAUAAACCAAUUACUAUGCAUAAGCCUCCCUUUGUUUACGCCAUUCUUCUCUUUCCAUUCUUUCCUUCUUUCUUGGAUUUCGCAGCCAUCCAGAGUGUGGGUUAAAUGGAAAAAGACCUCUUACAUAUUAUUACAUACAUUAAUGAAAUCUGACGCAUGCUUUUCGAAGCCUGGGUCCAAAUAUUGUGCAAUCUCGAAAAAUGGAAAUCACGGACUGGUUGUAUUCUAUAUCUUCAUUUUCCUGUUUGAUAACAUUAAUUUAAGUUUUAUCCUGUCAACGAGGAAAAAGUUUUGCUUUGAUGUUUUGGGAUGAUUCCAUAGUGAAUCUGUUAUCUUGUAUGAGAAUCGUUUCUAUACCACUGUUGGGCAUAGGCCUUCCCAUAUAGGGAAGAUUUGAGCAUUGAUCACUUACUCUAAAGAAGCCUUUCCUAGAUGCCAAAAUUUCGAAAGAACUGAGAAAGUACGGGUUAUUUUAAGAAGUCUCUAUGAUACAUGCUUCGAUCGAUCGAACCUGCACCCUCGUGCAUACAAGUCCGUACAUAUAACCGCAAAGCUACCAAGACUGUAGUUACUUAUGUACUUUAAAAUUGGGGAAUUCCUUGAUUGACAUUUAAAACAACUUAUUAUAGCUUCAUUCCAUUAAAGUACAGAAAUCGUACAUGCCCAAAAGUUUUCAUCCCUAAAAGAGCUACAAAAAAAGACCCAAAGUUUUUCAAGAAUAAAAAUAGAAUCGCGUGCCAUAAAACUCAACCCUUUGAUCGCCGACCCAUUACUCCUAGACCACUCAAUUUCGUAUUAACACCUUUUAAAAUACAAAGGCUUCAAAAUGUCACAUGAAAAUUAACUUUCGAACCAUCCCCUAGAACACAUCUGCUUUAAAAUACCUAUACGCGGUUGUGUUGACAUUCUCCCACUCCUUGUUCCAUCUCGCUCUGUUGUACUAAGAGUGAGCGGGAUGGCUGAUAGGGUAUUGAUGCGCGCGCAGCUUUCCCGGAGCCCUUGAUACGGUCGCCGUGCGUUUAGCUUACACACUCCGCCGCCGGACAGCGUCGCGUGCGGACGUCUCGUCGAAACGAACGUCGCGUCGUCGUGUUUUCAAAGUGCGCUAUGGAUAUCGAGAGCUUAUAAAAAAGCCGUCGCGUAAAAAUAAUCGUGUUUUAAUAUAAAUUCGCGUUGAAGUGAAAUGAUAUAUUAGUUUUUUUUUGUUUUAUUUUGUAUUAUUCUUGGAUUGUAUUCGUAUCAAUGAUGGGCGUAAGUGGAUGCGUAAGCGUGAGGCAGGCGAGGGGCUCCUGCCACUGCCCGGCGUGCCCUAGGGCUUCGGGCCACGUCCAAAUGCCCCCCCAAACCCUGGUCUUGCCCCCAAUGGCCAUGGAACCGGAAACGACCCCCGUGAAGGACAAAAAAGGAUCUAAAAUGAAGGUCCUUAAGAAAAUUAAGAAAAAAAUUGGCUUAGCACCCCGUACUUCGUGCACCGGUGGCACCCCCAACAACCUCCCCCCCCUGGGUUUCCACUCCAUCCACGGUGAAAACGUGAGGGUCUCCCGCGAUGGCUCCAUGGCGCGUCGUGUGGAGAGCUUCUGCAAGGGAGUGGCCUUCAGCGCCAGGCCCGUUAGAGUUAAUGAAAAGGUUUGCCUUCGCUUCGUCGAGAUCUCAAACAGCUGGAGCGGCGUCAUCCGGUUCGGGUUCACGAGCCACGACCCCGCCACCCUCGCGCACGCCCUCCCGAAAUACGCCUGCCCCGACCUCACGAACAAACCAGGGAACUGGGCAAAGGCACUCGGCGAAAGAUUCUGCGAGAAAGACAACAUCCUAUACUACUACGUCAACUCUUCUGGCGACGUCCAUUUUGGAAUCAACGGGGAAGAUAAAGGCUUGUUCUUCUCUGGCGUGGACACACGGAACCCGCUGUGGGCGCUGGUUGAUGUGUACGGAAACUGUACCGCGGUCCAAUUCGCGGACCCCCGGGCCCCGAGCCAGAGGAGGCACAGUCCGGUCGAAGAAGAGAGAUUAGUCAGCAGUAUGAGGGCGUUGUCUGUCGACGAAUCGUUACCGCCGCCGAGAUAUCAAAACCCUCUAGUGCCUCUAAGCUUGCACAGAACUAAAGGGAGAAAUGUACAGUUUAUUAACGAUAGGGGUGUCGCCGCCAGAGCUGAGGCGGAAUUCUGCCAAGGAUACGUGUUUACUGCUCGUCCGAUGCGUCCAGGACAGACUAUAGUCUUUCAAAUCUUGGCUACAGAGCCCGCGUAUGCAGGCAGCCUGGCUAUUGGGUUAACGUCAUGCGACCCAGCGACUCUACGGCCGUGUGACUUACCCGAUGACGCGGAACAGCUGUUAGACCGUCCUGAAUACUGGGUGGUUAGACGCGACGCCGCCAAUGGUCUCCGAAGGGGGGACGAACUAGCUGUGACCUUAACCACUGACGGAGAGGUCAGGGUCAGCAGAAAUGGUUCUACGCCAGUCACAGUUAUGCAUGUUGAUCAUACGCUCAAGUUGUGGGCGUUCACGGAUAUCUACGGUGCUACGCAGAAAGUCAGGAUGCUGAGCACUCAGGUCCAGCCGUCUCCCACUCCUCCGCAGCAGUUGAGGGUCCUCACUGGGUCAGCUAACCAGAUUACUGCUGGCGCUGGUGGGACCGUCCUGGUUGUGAGCCUGCCGCCUCAGAAUGGACAGAACUCGUCUAAUCAACAGAAUCUGACGCUUGCGAGCGCGCACUAUAUUGAGCCAAUCCAAACGACAUCACAGCUCUGUCUAACAGGACUACCCAUCAACCAGCCGUCAGCGUGCUAUCAGCAACCACCGCGUCCAAGGUCCGACCAGUGCUCAUCAUCCAGCCAAAACAACUUGAACGAGCAGGUCCAGUUACCUAACGGACACUCAGAGCCUUUGAGACUAGCCGACAGACUCCAGAAUGGACCGUCAACGAGCCGUCACCAGCCGAUCUACUCCGUCAUCGGAGAAGGUGGCGCCACGGGGAACCUCACGGGAACCGAAUGCACUAUCUGCUACGAGAACCCAAUAGACUCCGUACUAUACAUGUGCGGGCAUAUGUGCAUGUGUUACCGAUGCGCCGUCCAACAGUGGAGGGGAAAAGGGGGCGGCCAGUGCCCUCUGUGCAGGGCCCCAAUCAAAGAUGUUAUCCGCACGUAUAAAUCCUGAUGUGCUUUGCCAAAAUCGUUUUUUAAUCCAAAAAAAGUCUCUGUAUAUAUUUGAAUUAGGUAGGUUGAGUUUUUGUUGGAAACGGAUUGAAAUUCGAUAGGGGUUGAAAUGACAGAAUUGAGUUUUUUUUCUGAUUUUCCAAUCCGUUUUUUUAACAAGAAAUUAUUGAUUAGUAAAUAAUAUAUUAAUGUUAGUAAUAUAUAAAAACGGUUCGCUUGUAGAUUGGUUAUUUAUUUCGGAGUUAAAACGGCGGCGGUAGUGGCGUAAGAUAGAUUGGUGAUUUAAAUUAUUUGAUUUGUAACGUUCUGGACAUUUGGCACAAACAUUGGGACCAACAUUCGUUCAAUAGAUACAGUUAUGUUAUACCAAUGUUUGAAUCAAAUUUACUAAGCAGACUUAUUUUUUGAUAAUCCUUAAAACCGUUCUCUAUUGAAUAUAAAAUGACACUCAGGACAAAUUAAACCUAAGGAAUAUUAAUAAUAAUAUCGUAAAAAUGUGGACAUUGAAUUUAAAACUACAAUAUUUUUAAAAAUCUAUCCAGGAAUAAUCUUUAACCUAUUUCUCAGUUAUUAAAAAACUGGUUUAACUCUUCUCUUCUAUUUUCUUUUAUUUGGAUCAUAUUUUUCGAAACUGGGGGUUGAGUUUUGAAACAAAUAAUGUUCACAUUUUAUACUGUCUAAAAAAAAUGAUUAAAAUUCAGUUUCAAUGAAGACUUUUCAGAAACACAUUUUGACUAAACAACUGCAUUGCAGAAGAAAUACUCAGACUUAUAAUCGACUUAGAAGUUAUCAAGGGAUGAAACAUAUCAUAGGAAUUUCAUCCCCACUUAUAUAAGUAGGUUGAAACCCAGCCCCAAUACGAGGCUUUACGAUGUAUAUAAAGUAGUUAUGCUAGUAUAAGUUAAACGUUCCUAGUUAUUAAAGCUAUAAAAAAUAGCAUUCAAAAAAUCUGUGUAGAAUCGUCUUUAAGAUUACGUGUCCUAAAAAACUUGAGUAUUGACAACAUAUAAAAUGGGGUUGAAAUAAAAAAGUAUUUGAAUGUUUUAAUAGUGUUGUCUCUUUCCAGCAUACUGAGUUCAUUAAUAAAGAGUGAAAUAAAGAGUGAUAUCAGAAACAUUUGAAUUUUUGUUUUUAGGACACGAAUCUUUACUAUAUUAAAAUACAAUGGUUAUUUCGUCCAUGACACUAUCAAUAAGCAUUUAAUAAUUAAUAAUAAUUCAAAAAUUAUACUUCUGUUUUAGUUCGGAAGGCAACAUUUUUAACUUUAAUUUGAAAAUCUCAUUUUAUAAACGCAAUAUAGCAAAAUUUGCACAAUUAUUGUUAUUUUCAUUAUAAUUUAUAUUGCAUAUGCAUUAACGCACAGACAAACAUUCCUACCAUCAUUGUUUUGAUUGCUAUUUGCAUCAAUAAUUUAGUUUGAUUUGUGCAUGUGACUUGAAUAUUUGUGAAACCCCCGCGACACAAGGAUUAAACUCCUUAGCG